AUGUUAAACGCAAUCGUAUACUUUCGUAUAUCAUCACCUCCACCAACGAUGCCUAAUUCUACAAAGGUUAAAGAAGGUAAUGAUAAAACAUCUGAAGCUAUUAAAUCAUUUAAGAAAAGUAUUGUAACAAGACACGGUGGACUACCUGCACAUAGCUUUAUUCGUCGGAAAUUAUUACUUCUCCUAUUUAAACAAAUAUAUCCGGGAUCCAUUGAAUUUGGUAGUGACGACUUUAUUGAUAGUGACAUUGAUCGAAGAAUAGGAAACUUGAAACAAAGUGAUAGAAAUCAAAAUAUAUGUUCGAGUGACGAUGUUUAUUAUGAAUGUUUAAUACGAGCAAAUUUCGAUGAAGCACGUGCACUUGAAAUGCUUCGUUCCAAUCGACCAAAUCUAAAACCACCUCCGCAACCAGUUAUUUCACGAGAACCAACUACAACAACUAUUGAAAAUAGUUUACAUGAUAUAGACAAACAUUGGGCGUCCAUAAAUGAAAAUAUAGAUGAAAAUGGUGCUGCUCAAAUGCUUUUACAUGAAGGCGAUGAAUGGAAAAAUGCUACACAUCUUGUAACCGCUAUUAUCCAACUUCGACAACAACACAAUGAUCAAGAAAUCAACGAACUUAUUCUUUCUAAAAUGUUUCGAUUGAUCUAUAGUGAAUUAUCAUAUAUUAUCCGUAAUCUAUCAACAUUAAAAGUUGAAUUACUUGCAUAUGCUUUAUGCAAAGUAUCGUCUGAAACUCUUCAACAUCUUACUAUGGUAGAUAUUCGAGAUAUUAUAAAAUCAUGUGAUAACACACAUAUUCGUGAAGAUUUUCAAGAUAAUGCUAUUAAAUCAUUGUCACUCGAAUGUAUUGUAUGUGGUGAUACUUUUCCGCGUAGUCGAAUGGAAUCGAUGUUUUUAUGUGAUCAUAUAUGUUGUUUAUCUUGCACUAAGCAGUAUUAUCGAAUCACUAUUAAAGAAAUUACAGAUCGUCAAGCAUUAAAUAGAUUAACUUGUGUUCUAGAAGCACAUCCACUUGCAGAAGAUAAUACUAAAUUUUUUUUUCAAUUCUUAGGAACAAAACUUAAUCAAUGGUUUACCGAUGAACGAUUGAUUCUUGAUGCAUAUCAUGAAAAUCUAUUUUUAGCAACUCGAGAUUCACAAAUUAAAAAAUGUGGUAAUCAAAGAUGUGUAGGAUUUUUUGAUAUUAAUCAUAAUAAUCGAAUUGUACUCGCUCAAUGUCCUCAUUGUCGAUUUGAUCAAUGUCAACAAUGUUGUCGAAAAUGGUUUCCUGAACACACUGGAUUGACUUGUGAACAAUAUGCUGAUUGGUUAAGAGAAAAUGAUCCUGAUGAUCCAGAAGUACAACUUACAAAGUAUUUGAAUACAGCCGGCAUGAUAUGUCCAAAUGAACAAUGCAAAGCUAUCUAUGAAUAUCAAGCCGGUGGAUGUGAACAUUUUACAUGUCGUGAAUGUCAUACAGAAUUUUGUCGAAUAUGUUCAGCAUUAUUUCACAAUCCCAAAAAUAAAUCAACUCAUGACAUAGAUGUUGCAGAAGAACUUGCGCAAAAACCAGUAGCAACUGGUCUCGUAUGUCCAGUUGAAGAUUGUAAAAAUGCACCAUCAAUUGCAUGUGAAAAUCGAUUUUGCGAACCAUGUUAUAAACAAUUUUUAUGCUUAUUCAUCUGGCGUAACGAAAUAGAACCAUGGGAAUUAUAUGAAGAUAAUAAUUUAAUUCAAAAACUUACUAGUGCAUCAAUAGCUGUACCAGCAAAUACAACACGGGCAGAUUUAAUUAAGUUGGCUCAACAACAUUUAACUCAAUUUUUAGGAAUACCGAAAAGGAUACCAAGAGUACGACAGUAA